AUGAGAGCUGAUUUCGUCGCACUGGUGCUGCUGCUGCUGCGUGUGAUGGUGGCCACAUCAACUGUUUUCGGUGUAUGCAUCAGGGACAAGGACCGUCAGGGGCUUUUGGCGGCCGUGGUGGUGGUUUCGGGGCCGCUGCCGGCCGCGGGUUCGGCGGGGGUGCUGCUGAAGGCGGCUUUGUUGGCAAGGUUCUCUUCGGAGCGGUUAUCCCGGCAGCUGGCCAGGGACCUGCGCCAGCACCAGCUGCUGGAGGUGGAGGAAGAGGUAGUGGCGGUUUCGGAGGCGGAUGGGGAGGUGGUGGUGGCGGCGGUUUCGGAGGCGGAGGAGGUCAACGCCAAGCACGUGGCGCAGCAGCUGCAGGAGGCAAGUGCGAGCGCGUGCACACUUCGCCCGUACGGCCGUGCUGACUCUGCGGCCGGUGGAGGGCCUCAGCAGCAGCAACAACAGCAGCGAGGCGCUGUAGGCGGUCCAGGACGACGGGUUUUUGCACGCUUGGGCCUCAGCGCGCUGAGGGAAAGCGCUGCCUUGGAUGGUGGCGGCAGCGGCAGCGGCGGCGGCGGGGUUCCGGGAGCGGCUGGCGGCCGCGGCCGCGGUGGCGGCUCCGCUGGUGGGCGACAGGGCCACGGUGGUUCUGGAUUCGGCAGAGGUGGGGGCGCAGACGCGGCGGGCGGCGGCGGCGGCGGGGGGCAUUGGCGGGGCGGUCGUGGCGGCAGCCGUGGAGGUGGUCGGAAUCAAUGGGUUCGCCAGCAACAGCAGCAGCAGGGGGGUCGGAAGGCAGGCUGGGUUUCGGGUCCAGGGGGACCUCCUGGCGGCGGAGGCGGUGGUGGCGAUGAAGGCAUGGACCAGGUGUAUGGAGAUGACGGAGGUGAUGACGACGGGGCGCCUAUGGAGGAGGACGGCGGUGACUUUGACGGCGGUGACGAUGAGGAAGUGUACGAUGGCGUUGACGGCGACGCCGGAGAGGCGACGGCUGCGGCGCCCGCGUUGCAGCUGCAAAAGCCCAGCGGCUGGCACGCUGCGGGGCGUAGCGCCCAACCUCAGCCAGGGUUCGCGGCGGCGGCAGGCCGUACGGCACGUGUGCCGGUUCCUGUACCGACGUUUGGCGAGAAGCGUGACGCGGAUGUCAUCGCUGCUGCUGCCGCCGCCGCCGCCACCAGGGCAGAUGCUGGCGGCGGCGGCGGCGACGCGGCUACGGACGACGAAGACGCGGCUCUCUUGAGGAAGCGUCAGCAGCGAUUCGGACAGGCUUUUACGGAUGAACCAGCAGCCGCCGCCGGGGGUUCUAAGCCUGGCACCACCGCCUUUGGCGUAGUGGCAGGACGAGGAGAAGGAGCAGCAGGAGGUGGUGGUGGUGGUGGUGACAGGACUCUCGCAGGGCGAGGUGUCAGUCGUUCACCAGCUCGAUGGAGGGCAGGAGAGGAGGAAGCUGCGGGUGCUCGGGGCUCGCCGUCACCGUCACCGCCGCCGUCACCGCUGCUGUCGUAUCUUGGCGGCGGUGGCGGCGGAGACGUCAUGGGCGACGAUGAUGAGGGCGGUUCGUCCGGGGGACCUGCGCUAGUCGGCACUUGCGAGCUGAUGUGCCCGGUGGCGGAGAGGAAACGCCGGGAGGCUACCGGGGAGCUCAACAUCUUUGAGCGGUUGGACCCCCUCAACAGCAAACUGACCAGCGAGAACCUCAUUAUUAAGAAAGCGCGUAAGAACUACAGCGAGGAGGACCGUCGGCCCGAGAAUCUGCGCACCUUCCGGGCUCUGAGUCUGACCAUGGCCCGUCUGCGCUCCCUCAUCUCAAACCCGGACGAGACGGCGCUGGCGGCGAGCAUUCAUUGCACUCCGGAGCAGACGCUGCUGAACGUCCAGGCCUUCCUGUGGGAUCGAUAUCGGGAGGUCCGAAAGGAGAUAAUCGCGCAGCACUUCCACGCUCGGGCGGAGCUGCUGCCGCAUGUCUUGGCUUGGAAUGAAGAGAUUGCCCGGUUUCUCAUCAUCUCUUCCCACGAACUCUGGGGCAACCGGGACUUCGCAGCUCAGCUGAACCAAGAGCAGCUCAAAAAGGUCCUCACCGAUCUGGUCACCAGGUUCUACACCUCGGCAAGUCGGCUGGGGGUGCCCACACCGAACGCGGCAGAAAUGAAGUGCUAUUUGCUCAUUUUGAUGAUGGGCGGUACCAUUGAAAAGAACGGCCGCCGCUUUAGACAGCCUGCGGAGGCGCAGAUGUACCUUCGGCAGUACAGUGAGGAGGAGCUGUCCUCCCCGUGGACCACCGUUCUGUUUGCCAUGAUGGCGGCGCUGCAGAUGGGCAAUGUGGUGGCCUUCUUCGACCUGCUGGCCAGAGCGCCGUACACGUUUGCAUGCAUCUGUGCAUCCCAUGUGAUGCCGAUGCGCUCUCUGGCCAUGCACAUGUUGGCCGCCGCUAUGGGGGCCCCCCACCCUGGUCAGCCGGGCGGUCGGCCCGACCCCGCCGCCGCCAUGCCGCUCGUGGACCUGGCGCGGGUGCUCAAGCUGAGCGAGGCCAACGCCACCGGCUACGCGGAGACCCGCCAGGCGCUGGUGCAGCCCGGGGGGGCGCAUGGUCAGCGGGAUGUGUCGUUUCUAACCUCCCAGAUCACCGCCCGAGAGCCCAAGGUCAAAGUCCGGGCACAACACUGGAUCACCGCGAAACGCUCCCCCGUCGGUCGGCAUCAAGAUACCGUCAACCCCGCCCAGCUCUCACCCGAGCUUCUCAGGUACUGCCGUCAGCUGCUGACGGGACCGCAGAGCUCCGGAGCGCCCGUAGCGGCCCUGCACCGACCCGUGGGUCCGCCCGCGGUGCUAGCUGUCGGCAGCCUCGGUGGCCCCGCCGCCGCUGCCGCGACGGCAGCGCCGGCGGCAACGCCGCCGCGGCAGCCGCCGCCGAUGGCGGCGGUGGUGCAGCCGCCGACGCCGGCUUCGCCGGCGCCGUGGGAGCUCGGGUCGCCGGACGCAUCGGCCCGCGUCGGCAGCGGAAGCCGCCCGUCUUCGAUGUCCGCAGCGGCGUCUGGUCUGCUUGGUAGCGCUGCAACUUCACCGACAAGCGGCUCCGGGGCCCGGGAGGCGGCCCGUCUGGGGGCAGUUGCCACACCGGCGGCGGCGCCGCCACCGUCGGCGACGGCACAACAGGUAUUCGGUUCCCCAGCACGUGCACCAGCGGCCGUAGCGGCCGUGGGCGCGAUUGGGGCUACCGCCGCUACCGCUGGCAUGCGACCAGCGCCGGCGGUGCCACUUGCUGCCGCCGACGCCGCCGCAGCGGCGUCGCUGAAUGUCGGGUCCGGCAUCACCGCCGUACCGCCGCUGCACCACCCGCCGCCAGCGCAGCAGCAGCAGUUCUUCCAAUAUCAGCAGCAACAGCUGCUGCUGGAGGCUCAGCGCGCGGCGGAGGCGGAGCUGGCCAUGGAGCGGUUGAAGCACCAGGCGGACCAGGCCAUACGACAGGAGCACGAGCGACACCGGGCUCUGGCGGUUCAGUGCCAGCAGUUGGCGGCAGCGGCCUCCGCAGCGCAGGCGGCUCUCCUGGAGGCGCAGCGAAGAGAGGCGGCGUUUGCUGAGCAGGUGGCGGCGCUGAAGCUCGGCCAGCAGGGAAAUGCCAUAGAGGAGAGGUGGAGCAAUCUCAGUAUGAGGCGCUAUCUGGCGCGAUGGCAGGAAGCGGCACGGGCACGCAAGCGGCGGGAGGAGCUCCUCCGUCAGCAGCUGGCGCGGGCGUCCGUGACCUUCAUGGCAGCAGGGCGCCGGCGGAGCGCGCUGGGGUUGCUGGGGUUCGGCGGCGGCGGCGGCGGCGGGGGCGGCGGCGGCAUGAGUGAUGAUGUGCGCGUGCGAGGCGUCGAUCGGGCGGUUGUGAAAGGCCCGGCAGCGACGGCGACGACGACGUCUCAUUUGGUACGGGUGAGGGGCCGCAAGCGGCGCCUGGACUCGGCAGCUCCGAGCAGAGGCCCCGUGGGGCUCCAGCAGCUGCUGAUGCCUCCGGAUCUGGCGUCGUCAACCGCCGCCGCCGCCGCCGCCGCCGCCGCCAAGUCUCCCAUCCUCACGUCACACCUCAACCUGGCGGAAGUGGUCGUACCGGGACUGUGUCGUACACUGGCCAGGCGCUUGAUGACGAAUGGCGGCACAGCCACCGCGGAGAUCAACAGCGUCAACGGUCUUAACGGUAACGGCUUUUACGGCAGCAGCCGUGGUACAGCAGGCGGGCGAGAAGGGCCCAUGGGGGGAAAGGGCCCCUUACGGAGAGGGGCAGCCUCAUGUGAGGGGCCAGCACGUCCUCAUCAUGUAUUCUGGAAGCUUCUGCUUUUGAGUGGCGCGCUGGAGACGGAGGCGAGCUGCGUGAGCGCCUACCAGCUGGAGGCGGCCUCCUGGCUACGAUCCCGGCUAUCCUGCGGUCGGACCGCCGGACCGCGGCCCCUCCGCCAGCCCCCAGCCGGCGAGCAGCUCACGAUGGAGGCAGCCCGCGCCACUCUCGGCGGCAAGGCCUAUACCCUGACGCUAUCGACGGAGGCGGCGACGGCGGUGGCGGCGACCAGCGGCGUGUUGAUGCUCGUGGACGGUCGCGAGUUUGAGGCGGCGUUGGCGGCGGGGGCGCCGCACGAGGACGCUGCGGCGGAAGCUGGUCAGGAUUUGGAUGACAGCCCGUUACCCUCCGUACAUUCAUUAGCUCAUCUUCAUGUUCUCCCCUGCACUGCCGUUUCUUGGCGGCUGCUCCUCUGCCUCGCCCACUAUGUCACCGCUUCUUGUGACAUCUCUCACCCCGUUUAUCUGCCGACGCCGCCGCCGGGGUUGUUGCAGCUGCCGGUUGUGAUCCUCACGCUAGCGUCAGCCGCCGCCACGGACGCCAUCGGCAGCCACCUGGCAGCCACAGCGGCGGCGACGUGGCCGCCGGCCGUGGCGGCGAGGGCGCCGGACGUGGUGCUGAGGCAGGCGCUGUCGUACAUGGCUGAGUCAGCGCCGGUUUACGAGCAGGUAGUUUCGGUGGACCUGGAGGACCUGGCUCGUGGCGCGGUGGCCGAUGUGGUGGCGGAGCUUGACGGAGGCCGCGUCGGCGGCGGCGUCGGCGGCGAUGGUUCCCCCGUCAGCGCGGUCACCGCCGCCGACACCAUAGCGGCCUUUAAUCAGCUGGUCGCGGCGUACGAAGCUGCUGUACAAGCAACCGCCACUUCCGCAUCCGCCCGGUGGGGUCUGCCAGCACCGGAGCAGCUGCUGGCGCACGUGGCCACCUGGUCCGCCACCUUGACGCCGCCGCGGCAGGCCAUGUUGCUUGCGUCGCUGGCGCCGACGCCGGGACGGCAGCUGCUGCUAUUGCCAGCGGCGCCGGCGGCGCCGGCGGCGCCACAGUCAACGCUGGCGUUGCCGCCGGCGUACGGGUUACCGGCUCCGCUAUCGUUGAUGAGCACGCCGGUGGGGAAUGGUGGCACCGUCGCGGCGUCCAUAACUCCCGGCGGCACUGUGUCGCCGUCGCCUGCAUAUCAGCAUCGUUACGCGAUGCUUUUGGCGGAUGCAAUGGCGACUCCCCAGGCUGGGUCACUUGCCGCUGGUUGGGCGUCCGUAGGGGCAUGGCUGAGUAACGGCGGCGCGGCGUCUGUGGCGUCGGCGUUUCCUUCGCCGUACUGCCGGCGUGACGGCGAGGGGACAUCUUCAGCGGUGGAGUCAGCGAUGUCGGGGGAAGGUUUGGCGGCGGCAUCGAAGCGCCAGGCUGUGGAGGCGUUACAGCGCAAAGCCCCUGCUGUCCGAGAGGUUUGUGUCGCCAGGCUGGCGACGCUGAGAUGCAUGCUCAUAACAGCGAUUUCUCUGUCCCUCUUUUAA